GAUGCUCGUUGCCGGCGGCGACGGCGCGCUGCCGGAGAUCAUACAGACGCGUCGCGGCGAAAUCCUCGUCUACCGCGGACACCGCUACUCGAAGAUCUCGCUCGGUGGACACCGCAAGUACUGGCGCUGCACGAAGCGUCCGUGUCGUGCGAAGAUCCACACGGACCUGCACACGGGGGCGGUGCUGCACAUCAGCGAGGUACACACCCACGGCGCGCCCGUCGAGAAGACGUUGAAGGAUCGCAUCGAGGGGCUGUUCUACUACCAGCGGGCGGCCCUCCCUGCAGCCGCUGACAGCACCGGCAGCCCGUCGACGUCCGGUGGCGCCGCCCUGGUGGCGUGCUCGCCGUUCUCGUCUCCGACGGAGCUCGUCGACCACGUCGUCGUGUUCCCGCUAGAGGGCAGCAGCGGUCACGUGCGCGUUCCCGUCGAGUACGAGCACAUGGAGGUGUGGUUCUGGCCGGCGUCCUUCGACGACCUUCCACAUCUAGAGUCGCACCUGGUCAUCUACCACCUGCGUGAGAUCGCCACAGCCUGCCAGAACGAGGCGUUCUCUGCGCUCGCCUCCCUCCUCUUCGACAUUCCCCAGGAGCAGAUGAACAAGUACCACUACGUGCACAGCGUUGAGGGGGGUCUCGCCCCCGAGCUACGACGCAUGCUCUUCGACGCCCACUGCCGCGAGGUCGCCGAUAAGCUGCGCUGCGACGCAGACGUUCCGCGCGGGUUUGUCUGCCGCGGCGACGACAACGGCGUGCGAGGAUUCGGGUUGUUCGUCGACGCCGCGAACGACGGAGCGCGCGCGCUGCGAUCGCGCCUCGAGUCGUCCGGCCGGCUCCACGAGUGGGUGCCCGGCGUGAAGUACGAGAGCGGGGAGGAGUGGGCGGGGGAGGGGGAGGAGGAGGAGAGCCGGGAGCGGGAGUGGCGGCGUCUGCGCGCGUGGCUCGCGCGGGAGGCGGUCGGUCGUCCCGCCGCGCGCGUCCGUCCGCGAGACGAGCUGCUCCGCGCCCCGCCGGCCUGCGUCACCGCCCGCCUCCUCACCGCGCUCGAAUCCUCCUCGUCGUCGUCGUCGUUGCCCCCGGCGACGGAUGCGGGAGGUCCGUGGCCCGCGAUCACGUUCGUGUUGCCGCUCGACGGGGCGGUGGUGGCGGCGCGGCGCGGGGACGGCCGCGGCGGACGGACGCGGGCGGGCGUACUUCGUGGUCGAGCGGUCGGACUUUGA